AAAAAUGAAACGCCUCGUUUGAGAACAUUUAAAACCGCGCAUAUAAUGAUAACUGUCGAAAACGACCAAAGCGCUCAGAGCCUCUCGCUUGGGAUUCUCUUCUUUCCCAACCUUUCCUUCUCUAUCAGAUAAGGUAAUCCCUUCUCAGUUCCCGGCCAUGGCGGAAGCUUCUAGAAUCUUCCAUUCAACACUCUUUCCAACACUCUCUCUACAACUCAGCAAGCCAUGUUACAAUUCUCACGUUUACCCUUCACUCUCUCUCAAGAAAGCACCACGUCCAGUUCAAUGCUCAGUUUCCACAAGCGAAACCAAAUCGACGUCGUCGAAUGCGACCCAGGAAGUGCCUUGGGGCUGCGACAUUGAUUCCUUGGAGAACGCAGAGGCGCUUCAGAAAUGGCUUUCGGAUUCAGGGUUGCCUCCCCAGAAGAUGGCCAUAGACAAAGUGGCAGUAGGGGAGAGAGGAUUGGUUGCUUUGAAGAAUGUCAGGAAGGGUGAGAAGCUUCUCUUUGUACCUCCCUCGCUUUUCAUCACUGCAGAUUCAGAGUGGAGUUCCCCUGAGGCUGGUCAAGUAUUAAAACAGUAUUCCGUUCCAGAUUGGCCAUUGUUAGCAACCUAUCUUAUUAGUGAAGCAAGUGCCCAAAAAUCUUCAAGAUGGUGCAAUUAUAUUUCAGCCCUUCCUCGGCAACCCUAUUCACUUUUAUACUGGACACGUGCAGAGCUAGACAGGUAUCUUGAAGCAUCUCAGAUAAGGCAGCGGGCUAUCGAAAGAGUUACUGAUGUUAUAGGAACAUACAAUGAUUUAAGACUUAGGAUAUUUUCCAAGUAUCCUGAUAUAUUCCCGGAAGAGGUAUUCAAUAUGGAGACAUUCAGAUGGUCCUUUGGCAUUCUUUUCUCACGAUUGGUAAGGCUACCUUCAAUGGAUGGAAAAGUUGCAUUGGUUCCUUGGGCAGAUAUGCUCAAUCACAGCUGUGAGGUGGAAACGUUUUUGGAUUACGACAAAUCAUCACAAGGUGUUGUCUUUACAACAGAUCGAGCGUAUCAGCCUGGUGAGCAGGUUUUCAUAUCAUAUGGAAAAAAAUCUAAUGGAGAGCUGUUGUUAUCUUACGGAUUUGUUCCAAAGGAGGGCACUAAUCCUAGUGAUUUGGUAGAGCUACCUCUAUCCCUUAAAAAAUCUGAUAGAUGCUAUAAGGAGAAGUUGGAAGCUCUGAAGAAGCAUGGAUUAUCUGCUUCUCAGUGUUAUCCCAUACAAAUUACUGGUUGGCCAUUGGAGUUAAUGGCAUAUGCUUACUUGGCAGUCAGUCCCCCAAGCAUGAGCAAGCAGUUUGAUGAGAUCGCCGCUGCAGCAUCAAAUAAAUCUACUAUCAAAAAGGACUUAAAAUACCCUGAUAUUGAAGAAAAAGCACUGCAAUUUAUUCUCGAUAGUUGUGAAUCAAGCAUAUCAAAGUACUCCAAGUUUUUGCAAGCAAGUGGCUCUAUGGAUUUGGAUGUGACAUCUCCGAAGCAGUUGAAUCGAAGAGUGUUUCUGAAACAGCUAGCAGUAGAUUUAUGUACAAGUGAGCAGAGAAUACUAUUUCGCGCUGAAUAUAUACUGAGGAGGAGAUUGAGGGAUAUGAGGAGUGGUGAACUGAGAGCUUUAAGAAUCUUCGAUGGAUUGCGAAACAUUUUCAAAUAAAGAUUUUCUUCAUGUAUUCUGUUCUUGGUGUUUAUAUCUGGGGAAGUUCUUUCACGAUUCAAGCGUCAAUCCUAUAGAAUUCAACUGAGCCUAGGUAACUUGCACGAAAGUGUUUCAUGUCCCAAUGUAACAUUCUGACAUGUAUUCAUAGAAAUUUAUCCAAAAAGCAAAGACAUGAAUCCCAAGAAAGGAACAAAACACGUCCGUUUUAUCAGAACAUUUUCCUUGUUUUUUUGAAAGAAAAUGUACUAGUCUCAUGGUAGAUCAGAGAA